GCCUCUGAUCGGCCUCUCUAUCGAGAGCUCCAGCUCGUUCUGUGUUCCUACGCCAUCAACUUCCGCCUCAGCGGGAGCCAAUGAGUGCUGCCCGUCGCCUGUUUUCUCGGCGAGCAGCUAGAGCUGCCUAAGCGGGGCGCGAGGAGUCACGGGAAGAUGGCUUCCGGCGACGGCGCGCUGGGCGAUGUCUGCAAGCACCAUACGCAGCUGGGGGUCUGCGAGACGCGAGCCAAGUACCGGGAGGGGCGGAGGCCGCGAGCUGUGAAGGUUUAUACCAUCAACUUGGAAUCUCGUUACUUACUAAUCCAAGGAGUUCCUGCACUGGGUGUCAUGAAGGAAUUAGUUGAACAGUUUGCUUUGUAUGGUGCCAUUGAGGAGUAUCAUGCUCUAGAUGAAUACCCAGCAGAGCAAUUCACUGAAGUUUAUCUUCUAAAAUUCCAAAAACUGCAGUGUGCAAGGGUGGCCAAGAAGAAAAUGGAUGAACGAAGUUUCUUUGGUAGCUUGCUGCAUGUGUGCUAUGCUCCAGAGUUUGAAACAGUCCAAGAAACCAGGGAGAAGCUGCAGGACAGAAGAAAGUUUGUAGCAAAAGCAACAAAUCAAAGAGAUUGCUUUGUGUUAAAGAAAGCAGAGGGGCCUAAGAAGAGAGUGUCAAAGCACUCUGAGCAUGACCAUCCAUGGACUACAUCAGAAUCACCUGCAACCAACAGCUGGGCUCCAUCCUGCUUUACAGGCUGUCAGGGGGUACCCUACAGCACAGGGCAUCCAGCUGGGAAUCAUCAUCAUCAAAGCCUGUUGACUUUUCCCCAUGAUUACAACUGUGCUGAAACUUCUGGGUACCUGGGUCACAACACAUCCCUAACUCAAAGUGUGCACCCAGGAGGAAGUACUCCAGGGACUUCUUUUGUGCAGCCAAGAGCGGUUCGGAUCGAUAACGGAGUCGAUAGGUUCAUGCCUCGUACAACCCACCUGCAGGAACGCAAGAGGAAGAGAGAAGAAGGGGUCCUGUUUUCCCUCCUUGGGACAGAUGUGGACAAGACUGAAGUUGUUUUUGGUCCACAGCUACCAGAACCCCCUAAAGUGGACAUGGAUGAUGAUUCACUGAAUACUUCAGCAACACUAAUUCGAAAUAAACUGAAAGAGGUACUGGCUCUGCAAGCUCCGGUUAGUUUCAUUUCCAAACACAUCUGGUUUAGUGUCUCUAGUUUUAUAGCUAACUUCAGCUGGUCAUACUGGAUGAAGGUUGAAUCAUUUGCUACUUAAAUCUGGUGUUCUUACAACUUAACUCUUCCACAGUGCAGAAUAUCACAGCUGUGCUACUCUGUACCUCUUAACACUACACUGCAGAAAGUCCAGCUGGCAGUGCCAGGGUCCUAAGUGGUUUUUAGUGAAGAACACUUUUUAUUCCAUGUGGGGAGGCAUGACGACUCCCUC